GACCCACCCAAACAGAAGGAAGGACCCUUUCCCACGAAAACCUCAGCCCUUCUUCCAAAGACCAAUCGCAGACAAUUUUACUCCCAAAGAAAUUGUCUGACGAUUUUCUCCCUCUCUCUCUCACACACACACACAGUAGCACGGAGGAGAUAGCUUAUCGGCGGCGGCGAAGAAGAACAAAAAUAUGCCAACAUUAACAAAGCUUAUAACGAUGAAAGAAGCAUCUGAACACAACACCGCCGAGGAUUGUUGGGUCGUCAUCGACGGGAAGGUGUAUGACGUGUCAGCAUAUUUGGACGAACAUCCAGGUGGCGACGAUGUUUUACUCAAGGCUACUGGGAAAGAUGCCACCGAAGAAUUUGAAGAUGCCGGGCACAGCAAAACCGCGAGGGAACUUAUGGAGGAAUUCUGCAUUGGAGAAAUCGAUGAACCACCUUCUCCUAUUCCUGAGAUGGAGAUCGUAUCCAAGAAGAAGCAACUUCCGCAUAAAGUGUUGUACUUUACUAAGCAAUACUGGGUUGUACCUGCUGCUGCUGUUGGCUUAUCUGUGGUUGUUGGAUUCUUGUACCUCAAAAGGAAGUAGAGAUCUGGAAAUCUCCUCCUCAUUGGAGCUAAAGCUUAUUACACAGUGCCAAUUUUUGAAUUUUCUAAUACAUUAGGGGUUUCUGAGCAAAAACCUCCAUUUCUUUAAUGCUGCGAAAUUGGGGUCGAAACAGAUUUCGUUCUUCGACAUUAUUAUUAUUAUUUAGGAAAAUGUUUAUUUUGAUUAGAUUUUAUUUGUUUAAACAUAUUCAUGUUUUUCGAGUAUUUUGAGUGGUGAAGCUAGAAUUUGUUUUUA